GGUCAAAAUAGAGGAUGUCAGCAAUGAGGCUGGUAUCCUAAAGAAAGUUUCGGAUCAUGAAAACAUAGCUUCAUUUUAUGGAGCUUAUAUUCGAGAUUACUCCAUAGUGAGGCGUGUAAUGAUUGAAAUGGAAUAUUGUGGAGGUGGCACAGUCGAUAAUCUGCUUGAACGAUCUGUACGCAGAUGUCUUCCCGAAUUCUGUAUUGCCUACAUUUGCCGGGAAGUCUUAAAAGGGCUGGCAUAUGUCCAUAAAAAACGGAUAAUGCACCGGGAUAUUAAGGCCCUUAAUAUUGCAGUAACGGAAGACGCCGGAAUCCGUUUAAUUGAUUUUGGGCUUGCAAAAAAACUAAAAAGACUGGGCACUUGUAAAGAACCACGUGGAACACCUCACUGGACAGCACCUGAGGUGUGGGCACUGAGGCCUUAUGGUUUCAAGUGCGACAUAUGGUCCUUGGGCAUUACUGCUAUUGAGAUGGCAGAAGGAAAGUGCCCAUUGAGCUACUUGCCACAAAUAAUGAUUAAGAAAACAAUCCUUGAUAAGGAUCCUCCAACUCUGGAUAAACCGCACAAGUGGUCUGCGGAUUUUAACUCCUUCAUUAAAGUCUGUCUAAUGAAGGAUCCUAAACACAGACCAACUGCAAAAUACCUGCUUAAAAAUCAUCCUUUUAUAACAGACCUACAAAAUGAAGUGCAGGCCAGAGAAUACAUUCAAGAUUUAAUAGGAAAUAGAAAUAAGGAAGUAGAAUGGAAAACUGAAAAAUCUGAAAAAAAAUCACUUAGUUCAAAAAUAGACCUAUCAAAAAUGGAAAAACUUGUCAGCGAAGGCCCAGAAGAGGAUACAACUAUUAAUAAGGCCUUGGACACAGCACUAGAAGAUGCCCUAUCUAAUGCUGAAAAAGUUGAUUCAGAAGUUAAAACGGCAAUAUCUGAAAUAGGAUCAACAAAUGAGGCAGUGCUGUAUGUUGCUCAGGAGUUGUCCCCUCAAGAUGAAGUGGGCUUGACCCAUGCUGAGGAGGAACAGAACCCAGUAAGCAAUAGAGACACGUGUGAUUCUGAGACGGUUUCACAUGCCAGAGACUCAACUGCGCCCCAAGAGGCCCCAGUUCAGUCCAGUGAAGGAACCCCAGGAUUAGAAGAAAGCCAAACUACAGAUAAGUGCACAGACAAUACACUUAGCAUUUUUGUCUUUUUAAUCUAUCUUCUUAUAUACGCAAUAGCUUUGGCAAUCUAUUAUGAAAUACAGUGA